AUGAAGAAAAGACCAUGCCGUUUUCGUUGCGACCUUUGCCGGGUAAAUUUUGAAUCGUUCGAUAGGUUUUCUGCUCACUUUACGUCAAGAGCACAUCUCAUCCAAAAACUACAAACGGCACAGCAAGAAGUGCAACUGUUUGCUGAUGAGAUUUCAACAGACAACCUCUGUCUUUGUGACGACGAAAAUGGGCUAUUGGUACCGGACCACCUUUUCGAUCAAGAAUUCUUAAAUGUUGAUGAUGAAAUGUUGGACAAUGAAAGCUCUUUUGACGAUUCAGACUCAUAUUUAGACGAGUUUAUCUCAGGCGUUUCAGACGACAGCUCAAGUGAUGGCGACAUUGAUAACGUUUCAAGGCGACCAAGACAGCAGGAACAGGACUCAUACUUUCCAUUUCCGUCCGAGAUUUUUUUCUUACUUUAUAGCUAUGUACAUAAUAUUUCAAGACCCAAGGUAAUUUUUUUUUAACUAAUAUAAUUUUAAUUAUUGCCAAAAUUUUUAAUUUCCCAUGUUUGAAGCAAUCGAGUUUACGUUUUACAAGAUUAAAGACAAGCAUUGACUGUGUCCGCAGGGGUGAAACUAGUCCCUUUUAAUUAGGGGGUUCUGCUAGAAUUGCCCUGCAAAAGCCGACGAUGCCCUGUAGCAAUUUAUUAUUUUUGGCCACUAUUUUUCCCAAAAAUGUGGGGGGGGGUGUUAAAAAAAAAUUUUCAGGAGAUUCAAAAAAGGGGUUGAAAAUUUUUUCCGGACCGGUUAAAUUAAGGGUCAAAAAGUUUUUUCGUAAAAAUUCCUGUUAAACCUGCGUGAAACCUUAUUUUUGGACCAAUAUCUGUAAAAUUUAGGUCUAUAAAUUAUAUUCAAUUCCCUCUGGAAGGCCUGUAAGUUACCGUAAUAACUCUACAUUCUAUCAUUUAAAAUCUUUGAUUGCCCUGCCAAUCCAGGCCGACAAGGAAAGAUCGAGUUAUUUGGCCUCAAAAAGGCCAACAUACCAACCCUGGUUGAAAUUGUAAAUUUUAUACCACCAUAAUUAUAAACCCACCCCAAGCAAUGGACAACUUGCAUGUUAGACUAAAUUUCAAUCUAAGUAAAGACUGAAAAUAUUAAAAUUUCGCAAGGCUAAAUUUUCUGUAUUUUACAACAUGUCGUAACCAAAUUUUAAAAAUUUUAAUAAGCUCUUUACGGGAAUUUACUUAGUUCUUGCCUAAAUCAAAAAUUAGUCUAACAUGCAAGUUGUCUAUUGCAACACAUUCAAUUGAAACACUGAAAUGUAUCAAUUUCAAAUAUUUAGCCUUUCAGAAAUUACUUGGCUUGUGAAUGUGUAAUUUUCCUGCCAAACAUGCUUUUAUACCGAUAAUCGGGCCCGAGUUUUGGCUUAUGUAGUUACUAGCUAAUUCAUUAAAGGUUGUCCUUCAGAAACUUUAAACUCUAAGCACGCAAAGCAAAAUGGAAGCACUAGUUUUAACCUUAAUAGUUGAAAUUUUAGAUGUUUGAGGGUGAAAUGUUCUGGUGCGGAAAUAUUUACUAUGUGUUUUAGAAAUAGGCCCCAAAUUGUGCUCCCAUCAUUAUUUGCGCCCUUCGAGUUUAAGGUUUAAGGUGGCUCGAUACAGUUUUCAAAAAUGCAUUUUUAAGCUUUAUUCUUUUAAACUACGCAUUUUUAAGAUUUAUUCAGCAGAUAUUAUAUAUCUUGAUAACUCUACUUUCAAAUUAUAUUAGUUAUAGUAACAAAUAGUUCGUUGCUAUGACGACAUACGUAUACGAAAUUCACUCCAAAGUGGCCUAUCGUCUCGUAUAGUUGGAAAAAAAGCACGGUUACCCCCAUUUUUUUCCUUGCAUUAUUUCACUUGGACGAAAAGCUAACAAUUAGCAAAAUAUAAAAAAAUUCUGUAAUGCCAUUUUUUUGGAAAAUGCGAAAAUGUCAUAUUCUUCUGUAAAAUUUUUUUGGCAUUACAGAAUUUUUUAAUUUUUUGUAUGAUGAAAGUUUUUAGCGAUGCAAUACAACAUGCAAAAUUUGAACAUAGGUCACCGGACAAAAUAAAGAGAUAUAGCGCAUUUGUUUUUCUAAAAUGGAAAAUUCUAAUGACGUCAGCAAUUGACAUAAAACGCUAUAAAACACGCGCAAUGGCGUGAUAUGGCGCGAGCAACUGCUCGAGUCAGGUCAUUUUGGAAGUUCUUUCCUUUUUGUUCAUCAGUUUCCGCGACCUGCGCGUAAAAAUGGUCACCCGGUUUUGAGUUCGCGUUUCUUGUGCAGAGUUUUUGUGAUAACUAUAUCGAGCCACCUUAAAGGAAUGGAAUGACGUCAUUUUUACUCGGUUGCCUAACAUUAUGACGUCAUCAUAAAAUCAGCAUCGAUAUCGUGCUAACGUCAUCGGCCAAUCACCAUAUAAGUAAUAAGUUAAGACCACUGGUUAAGAUUUAUCAUAAUUUAAUUACCGAAUUGGUUGCUUAUAGACCCGCGCAGAUUUGGAUUUCCUGUGGCUGAUAUUUAAUAAACUCGGAGUGAAUGUACCUUCAUUAAAUUCAGUACUCAAUUUUAAAAUUGAGGGAGUAGAAGAGAUGUUACAACCUCAAAAGGUAUUCAUUUAUGUCACAUGUGCUGAAAUCAUUACCAUCUAGGAGAUAAUAUGUGGUAUGAAACUUGGCACAUUUCAUUGUAAAAGGAUUGAAUAUAGUGUUUUAAAUUGCUGCAUAUUACGAAACUCUGACAGUCUAAAAUUGAAAUUCAUUAGAACGAUAAAUAAUGAAUUCUGCCAAGUUUCUAGAAAGUUGAAUACGGUCAAUAAAUAAAAGAAACGGACUACCGAUAAAAAGUAAUUUAUUGCACUUUAGGCUUAUUACAACAGUAAUCCAUACUACUGGCUGCGACCUUCCGAUUUCGUCCGAAUGCAACUGGCUACACCAAGCAAAGCGGAAACUUUUGUGAGAUAUCCAGAAAAAACUGACGCUUAUGUUUAUGAAAUGCCACAGGUUAGACUAUAAAAACGUCUCGUGAUUUGUGAUUUAAAUGGAUGUAAUAGUCGAUACAUUUUAUGUAGGGACUCAAGUGGUUUGAAAACGAACAUUUCCAGAGCUCGUCAAUUUCCAUGGAAGGAAUGCCGUAUUAUGUCAAUGAUAUUGUGGAAUACACUUUAAAUGGAAAUACUUAUCAGGGAAAGUUAAUUAAAUUCUAUACUAAGGUAUAAUAAAUUUCAUGUAUACACAACACAUUGUUAUUCGACUAUGGCAAUAAAAAUUAGGCGGUCACUUUUAAGGAACCCUAUGUGCAAAACCUUCAACUAUUAUACCCAUGCAUGCAGUUCUCUAAACAUUUCACCAAAAUGUUUGAUUCGUUACCAAGCCUCUUUUUACAGGUCAUUCACAAUAAAUCUGAAAUGAUGAUCAAGAUACAGUACUUGCACAGGGAAGGAAAUAGCAAUUAUUGCAUCUGUCCAGAUGUAAUUGUAACAGCAUUAUCAUCAAGCAUAAAACAGAAAAUCAAUGUCGACCCACUUCAAAUUAAACACAAAUAUAGGAAUGAACAAACUGUCGAAGUAUCUGAGCAGGUGCAGUAACUCGGAACUGUUAGUCAUUUUAACAUUGGAAUAUUGUAUACUGUAAGUACAAAGUUUCUCACUUUCUAACAUUUUCAUAGGAAGCAGCAGAAUAUCUUGAACCACAUAUAGACAGUGUUCGUACUGGAGGUAAUAAGCCAACCACCACACUCCCGCUACUGAUAUUCAGCGACGAAACAAGCGGAAACACUACCAAGAAGUGGAACCGGUUAGAAAGUUACUCCAUGUCCAUGGCAAGUCUACCGAGAAAAGAGUUUAGGAAGCUCGAAAACAUCCACUUUCUAACGACAUCCAAUGUAGUGCCAUCUGUUCCGCUUGGGAAAUCUAUUGCCAGCGACCUACAAGGUACAUGCGAAAAUAUUGUAUUUUAAAUUUUUGUGAUUUUCAAACUUGCAAGUGAUAGCUGCAAGCAGGCUAACCGCCAGAAACCGUAUUGCACCAUGGUCCCCCAUGGCCAGGCCACUAACCUGAAUACCAUUCAUGGCCAGAAAUCAAGGACAUGUUUUAUUCUACUUCCUUCGUAAUUUGCAUAUCACGUUGAAAUAUGGCUUCUGCAGUAAACAGUAAAUUAUAUUACGCGAUGCUGUAAAUCCCCAAAUCAGAGAAUAUGGUAGGUCAUUUGCAACUUGCCUCAGUUGCUGGCUACACAUCAAAGUCUAUCGAAGUAUUUAGCGUAAUAUUGACUUGAUUUUAGUAAGUGACCAUUCUGCAUUUUCAGUAUUUGUACAGAGGUUAGUUUGUACGGAAUUUAACUCUAUAUAUUAUAAGGAUACCGCACUGUCCAUAGCCACUAGAAACAAACGAAAAUGCAGAAUAUACAGUAACUUACACCAGGCAAACACCACACGAUAUAUUUCAACAGACCGUGUUCUGCAACCAGCAAUCGAGGCAAAUUGCAAACGACUACCGAUAUUCUCUGAUUUUGCGAUUUAAAGCAUAGCGUAAUAUGAUUUACUGUUUACUAUCAACGAGUUAUGUAUUAAUGAUAUGCGAAGUUAGGAAGUCGAAUAAUCAUGUCCGUGAUUUCUGGCCAUGACCAUAUGAUCGCUUAUCCUGCGUUGACAUGAGUCUAAUAGCUGAAAAAAAUUGCAGUUAAUAAAUAGUAGUUAAUAAAAAUUGUGUUCCUUUCAGAACUCGAAGAUGGUAAAAUAAUGUAUGACGCAUAUUUUAACAGCGAAAUUCUUGUGAAGUGUCCGGUAAUGUGUACAACUGCAGAUAACCCACGUGCAUCAGAAUUCGAACACCACUUGGGUAGCUGUGCAAACAAAUUUUGUAGGAAGUGCAAUGUGAGUUUUAAAUUUCUAUUCGACCAAACCAAAACCAUAUUGCAACGAAACCUCAUUCUCAUAAAUCAUGAGCAAAUAUAAUAGCCUUUCUCUGCACUAGAAUUAUCAAAGGGUGCAUGGUAUAUCAAGUAAUAUGAACUACUCGCACUAAGGCUGUAUACAGAUCAUAACUGAUUUACUAUUAUAUCUUAAUUUGUAUCUGAUAUGUCACAUUUGUUAAGGCCACAUCAGACAAUGGUAACGAAAUUCAAAUCCUACGAAAUGAUGAAUGCGUUCAACAGCAAAUCCAAGAAAUUGAAGAAUGCACGUACGUUAAUUUCUGCGCAUGUUAAUGCCCUUUUUGUUUGCAAAAACGUAGUCAACAAUCAACAUAUCAGGGGCUUACCGUGAAAAAGUGGAUAUUUUAGAUAAAAGCUUUCAAAAGCGUCGAGUGUUCAUACUUACUGUAUCAAUCUAAAUUUAGAUCCGAAGCACAGAAGAAGAAAACAAGAUCCGAACACGGUGUUACAGAAAAGGGAGGUGCAUUUGACACCUUGAAGUGUUUUAGCGGAAACAAGUAAGUAUAACACCCUAUACAGCAGAAGAAGAUAUUUGCCUUGAUGAGUUUUCUUAAUACUUCACUUUCGUUCCCUAUGUUCGGUCAGAAAGUUGUUCUUAACUAUUCUCCCUUGACACGUCUGAUUUGCUCGUGUAUACUGUAUAAGCAUUUACAUUCGCGUAAAUAUCGUUUUAUUUUUAUUUAGUAAAACACCAAUUGAGAUUCUGCACACCAUACUUCUCGGACCCGUAAAGUAUUUGCUCUCCAGCACCAUAAAAUCCUUAAAUCAGCAUGAGAAAGAUCAGCUGCACGCAAAAAUUUCAGCGUUGGACAUGAGUGCAUUUGCAGCAAAUAUAAGGGGAAACAUUACCAGGAAUUAUGGUUCCUACGUAGGGAGGGAUUUUAAGCUAUGGAUGCAAGUUGCGGUGUUCGUACUUCAAGGGAUCAUUCCAGAUGAAAAUCUUUUGAUUUGGGAAUUACUGAGUGAGGUAAGACGCGCCUUAUAAAAUCACAUUACUGUAUAAUAUUUAAAAUUACAGACGCGAUUAUUCCGACAAAUAUGUGCAGUUACUUACACGCCGAAACUGAAUCGGUUGUACACUUGAAACGUCACUUGAAAUGGCAAUAGAAGUUAUAAGAUGAAAGCUGGAGAGAAUUUAUGCUAAAAACAAACAAGACACCUUACCAAUUUGAUAUGUCGUUUCCCAAAGACAGCCAUUCCAAGGUGAUGUAUCACACGUACAGUAUCAAAGCCAGAAACAAAAUCUUGUUGUGUAAUACCAGCAAUCAUGGGACCAAAAAAGUACCUGGUACAGAAAAUUCAAAAUAUGAGUCUUAAUACAAGCAAUUCAAAAUAGCCUGUUAAAUGAUCGGACAUAAACUCAAUUUUUAUCAAAGUUAUAUACUAGAGACAAUGUACAUCAAUAAAUACCUUUAAUUUUUCAGAUAUUCUCCUUUGCAUAUGCCACUGGAUUUGACAGAAGAAACCAACAAGCAGCGAAUCAGAUGGUAACCACAUUCGUCAACGCUGUACGUACAACGUACCCUGAACUUGUAAAGAAGCCAAAAAUUCAUUUACUGUUACAUCUGGUCGAUGAUAUUAUGAAUCUUGGACCAGCCAAUGGAUUCUGUACAGAAAGGUACAGUACACAUGUUACAUAGCUUCUGGACUGGUAGGAUAACUACCUGAAAAAUACAAGGAGAACUUCAACAUUGAACAUCAAGUAUUGCCUAGCAAUACUUGUGAUGACAAUGCCGACGGGAGGGGGAUAUGUGUUGCAACAAAUCAGCGUGCUGCAUUUUCUCUAGCAAUAUAAUAACGAGUUUCAUAUAAUGUAUACAUUUUAUUUUGCAGAUUUGAAGCAUUCAAUUCAAUAAUUAGAAGUUUGAACAUCAAUAGCAAUCGGCAUGCAUCAAGUUUGGACAUUUGCACCAAAAUCGCCAAAAUGGAAAGGCUUCGAUUUGUGCUAAGUGGAGGUAGAUGGGGAGAAGAUCACAGGUAAUGAAAUAAAUAUAUAUUCAGUAGUAUUCACAUCCAGUUGCUAAAUCUUGUAUGCACAGUACAGUAUAUACAGAUGGUGAUGUAUUGUAUAAUUAUACAAAAUUAAUGUGGAUGCAUGUGACAGUUUCGAGUACUGCCAGUAAACAUGUUAACAAACCUAUCUGCCAAUGUCUCAUAUUAACCCAAUAUUUGACUGGCAAUGUGUUUAAAUUCAUCUGACUUUAGUAUUUGCUUUGUCUAACAGCUGACAAUUUUACUCAUCAGUCUGUGGUAGAGUACUAGCUGCCAGUAAAUGGGUUAAGACUUACUUACCACUGUAAGUGGCACUAGAAUUAAGGUUAAAUAAAUAAUAUGUGUUAAUCUAUUAUCAGCUUACAGGCAUCACAACUAGUCAGAAAUUUAGGAGGAGAUCCCAAGAUCCAACAUUUUCUUAACAAUACACCAGCUAAGGAAAGUAUGGACAAUAAGGCUAUAUACCAGUCAGGAUGUUUAAGAAAAGUAAGCAAAAUUAUAACUAAAUUUCAAGGAUAUUUUUUGACAUUGAUGUCUAAUAAAUAUUCCUAAUAAAUAACUAAUUACCAUUAACAGUAUAUUUGUUAAUUUUUCAGGGAAGUUAUAACAAAGGCAAACUUCAAUCUCAACCUGUAAAUCAGUGCUUGUCCCUUGAGGAAAUUGCAGCAGCUGGAAUUGACAACACAGAAGAAAGCUGUAUUGUUUUCAAAGCAGUUGUGAGUGAGAACCAUACAUUAAUCAGUUCAGAUACACCAAUUGUAUAUGUGGACAGCCAACAUCAGGUACACUUCAUUAAUGGUGUUUGAACCACACAUGUAACUCAAAAUAAGGAAAAUUGUGUGGAUAAUGGCUAUACUGGUAAUAUAUAAUUGUAUAUUAUGUGUUAUCCGACCAUUAAUAAUUUAACAAUUUAUCACCAAAGGUGAAGUGAUUAUUGGUGAACAAAAACCAAGAUGAAGUCGAGGUUUUUAUUAACCAUAAUCACCAAGCCUGAGGUGAAUAAUUGUUUUUAUUAGUAUAAUUUCAUAGGUUAUUAUUUGAGAAAAAGAAUACACAUUUCUUUGUCAUUUCAUUGACAAAAUGGCUUCGGCAGCCAUUUCAAAAAUCGCUUAGGUGAUUAUCCCAUUAUAAUAACCUCAACAGCAGCCAAUCAGCUUUUCAUUAAUCACCUAUGCAGUUAUACUAACAGGUAAUACCAUUAAUUUUAUACCUGUUAAUGGGUAACACAUAAUAUACAAUAAGCUAAUUAGCUAAAUUUAAAAUCUAAAAAACGUAUGGACAUUUUUCAAAACAUAUUUUCUGUAGUCAUGAGUAGCAAUGUACACACUAUAGGUAUAGCAAAGGGAAUGUAGGUCUUUAUAUUAUAGGUUAUCCAAAUGCCUGAAUGAAAUUUAAAGGUAAAAAACUUUCUUCAAAUUUAACUUUCUGGUAGUUGGAUUAUACAAUUCGGCGAGUGAUUUUGCGCGCUUUUCUUAACUCGAGCAACAUUCCCAAGUGUUUGGAUCAGGCCAUCCAAACACGGAAACCAUAAAGUAAUUGUUUUAUAAAAUAACAACAACACGAUAGUCUUCCGUGUUUGGAUGGCCUGAUCCAAACACGGCUUUCGACCAAUCAGAGCACGCGUUAUAUACAUGUUAUUUUAUAAAAUCUAUUAAUAUACACAGUUACAUUUUCUACUUAUAAAAAUAAAAUUCCAUAUAUAUAUAUAUAUAUAUAUAUAUAUAUAUAUAUAUAUAUAUAUAUAUAUAUAUAUAUAUAUAUAUAUAUAUAUAUAUAUAUAUAUAUUAUAUAAAUAUAUAAUAUAUAUAUAUAUAUAUAUAUAUAUAUAUAUAUUUACCCAUUUCUUAAAUUUGUUACUUUCCACCUCACGGACUUAGCUAUGCAAGUCUUGAAUAUGCAAUUCUAAUCUAUGUCAUCUGCAUUUCAUUUCAGCAUCAUCUUGGAAUUUUCAAGAAAGGACUAAAGAUGGAAGUGUCAGAAAAGAAAAUGGUUCAAAUUGAAAAAGUCCAAUUCUGUAAAGACAACUCUCAACAACCAAUAUUGGGAUGUUUUCAAUGUCCAGUAGUAAAAAGAACAGGUAAUCUUACCUUAAUCCAGUCAGAUCAUGUCAUUGACCAAAUUUGCCUCAUGCAUGACUGUUCCAAUGGAGGUUGCACUUUCACAGAAUCUGAAACACGAACAAUGGUUGAAAGGGAAGCAGUCACAAAAGUGAAAUUCACAUUUGUUCAUAACUUAAAUCAUAAGAACUAUUUGGUUAACAAGUUCUAUCUUGGCGAAUCACUUAAAUAUUUCAAUAUUGCAUGA